AAGAUGUUUUUGCAACGUUUUGUCAAAGUGAAAGUAUAAAAGGCGAUUUAGAUAGCGUCAAGCCAACAACAUCUACACAAGAUUGGCUUGCUUUUGUUUAAUUUAGGAGGCCAUUGAGCGUUGAACAGAUGUGUAAAAAGUUCGACAAAAUUUAGUAGCCUACUAUCCAAUCUAUUGUAAGUAUCAGUAUAAUCUUUCUCAGAUUAUUUAUAGAAGAAAGAAACAGAAAGAAGUAGGCUAGAUCGAAAUGGCUACGAGCUCUUCUCGUCCCGAGGAGGACUGCCUAUGCCCCGUGUGCUGUGACUUCUACAGCGAUCCCAUCAUUCUACUGUGUGGUCACAGCUUCUGCAAAAACUGCAUUCAGGAAUGGUGGACACAGAAAGGAAGCAAGACGUGUCCUGUCUGCAAGGAGAUGUUUUCCUUGGAUCGACCGCCGCGUAAUCUCGCGCUAAAGAACGUGACUGAGUCGUUCAAGAAAGAGGCGUCACGUCAGACGGCGGAGGACCUGUGUGACACCCACGGGGAGAGGCUCAAGUUGUUCUGCAUAAACCACCAGAAGCCUAUCUGUGUGAUUUGCCGGGACGCGAAGGACCACAAGAAACACCAAUGUGUACCCAUCAAUGAAGCAGCGGCAGACCGCAAAAAAGAACUGAGGAUUGCACUGAUGCACUUGAGAACCAAAUUGAGCAAAUUUGAAGAAGAGAAACUUACAUGUAACAAAAUGUGCACCCACAUUCAGAAACAGGCAAAGCAGACAGAAGAGAAUAUUAAAGGAGAAUUCCAGAAACUUUACCAGUUUCUGCGUGCAGAGGAGGCUGCUCGCAUCAAUGGACUAAGGAAAGAGGCGGCAAAGAAGAGUCAGGCCAUGCAGAUCAGAGGCAUCAAUUUGAUUGCUGAGACUUCCUCUCUUUCCAAAACCAUGAAAGCUGCAGAGACAGACCUGGAGGCUGCAGACCUCUCCUUCAUGCUUAACUACGACGCAAUCAAAAAGAGGACCCAGUGUACCCUGCCAGACCCUGAGACUCCAUCAGGGGCCCUCAUCGAUGAGGCCAAACACAGAGGGAACCUGCUCUUCCACGUCUGGAAGAAUAUGAAGAGCAUAAUUCAAUACACACCUUUCUGUUUGGAUCCCAACACUGCAAAAUCCAACAUGAUUGUGUCUGAGGAUUUGAUGAGUUUGACAAUAAACAACGAAAGUCCAGAAGUCCCUUCAAACCCAGAGCGAUGCUUUGGGCAUGCUCAUGUCCUUGGCUCCACUGGGAUUAGCUCUGGGAUACAUUUCUGGGAUGUACAGUUAGGGGAUAAUUGCGAAGUUGGGGUUAUAACAAAAACUAAAGAGGAGACCCGGGCUAGUCUCUUCGUCCACGACAGUCUCGUUGUAGGUCAGCAUAGUCCAGAAAAUGAAGACUAUCCGAUUGCAGUUGAUCACUUUCCUAAAAACAUCAGAGUACAGUUUGAACAUGACAAAGGAACGCUGUUGUUUUAUGACCUUGACACAAAAAAAGACCUCCCUACAAUUACACACAAGUUCACAGGAGUCUAUUUCCCAUUUUUCCGUGGUGAUGUUAAACUUAUCCCACAGUGCUCCCCAUUAGUGGCCCAGUGUACCCUGCCAGACCCUGAGACUCCAUCAGGGGCCCUCAUCGAUGAGGCCAAACACAGAGGGAACCUGCUCUUCCACUUUGAAAUGGGUAAGAGCUCUUCUCGUCCCGAGGAGGACAAUCGACCGCCAUGUGUUGUUGAGCUGAAGAACGUGACUGAGUCGCUCAAGGAAGAGGCGUCGUGCCAGACGGCGGAGGACCUGUGUGAAACCCACGGGGAGAGGCUGAUGUUGUUUUGCGUGGACCACCAGAAGCCUAUCUGUGUGAUUUGCAGGGAAGCAAAGGAUCACAAGAAACACCAAUGUGUACCCAUCAAUGAAGCAGCGGCAGACAGCAAAAAAGAACUGAAGAUUGCACUGAUGCAUUUGAGAAUCAAAUGGAGCAAAUUUUACGAAGAGAAACUGACAUGUGAAGAAAUGUACAGCCAUAUUCAGAAACAGGCAGAGCAGACAGAAGAGAAUAUUAAAGGAGAAUUCCAGAAACUUUACCAGUUUCUGCGUGCAGAGGAGGCUGCUCGCAUCGAUGGACUAAGGAAAGAGGCGGAAAAGAAGUGUCAGGCCAUGCAGAUCAGACGCGCCAAUCUGAUUGCUGAGGCUUCCUCUAUUUCCAAAACCGUGAAAGCUGCAGAGAAGGACCUGGAGGCUGCAGACCUCUCAUUCAUGAUUAACUACGACUCAAUCAAAAAGAGGGCCCAGUGUACCCUGCCAGACCCUGAGACUCCAUCAGGGGCCCUCAUCGAUGAGGCCAAACACAGAGGGAACCUGCUCUUCCACGUCUGGAAGAAGAUGAAGAGCAUCAUUCAAUACACACCUUUCUGUUUGGAUCCAAACACUGCCCACAGGAUUGUGUCAAAGGAUUUGAUGAGUUUGACGAUAAACUUCGGAAGUCGAGUAGUCCCUUCAAACCCAGAGAGACGUAUGCAGGUUGAUGUCCUUGGCUCCACUGGGAUUAGCUCAGGGAUACACUCCUGGGAUGUACAGUUAGGGGAUAGUUGGCAAAUUGGGGUUACGACAAAAGAUAACGAUGAGACACAGGCUGGUUUCUUCACCUGCAGUACCUUAAUGGUGAAUGUACACUAGGACGUUCCGGUUAUGGCCCUUUAAUAAGAGCCGAGUACUUUCCUAAGAAGAUCAGAGUACAAUUUGAACAGGACAAAGGAAAGUUGUUGUUUUAUGAUCUUGAUUUGAAAAAAUAGAUAAGUACAAUUACACGCAAGUUCACAGGAGUCUAUUUCCCAUUUUUCAGUGGUAAUGUUAAACUUAUCCCACAAUGCCUCCCAUUGGUGUAGCCUUAUGGUAAUAGACACGUAAAGGAGGAAACAUGACCUUUCUAAUUGGUUUUCUACCAUUAACCUACUGAUUCACUACAGACAGGAAUACAUUUGUGUUUAUUGGCUCCACAUCACAAAUUAUCGUAUUCUUCUUGUUUAAAUAAUUUUAAGUUUUAGAUUGAUGGUAUUAAUACCAUAUUUGUAAAUCAUAAUUGAGAAUGUAUUGCAAAAUGUAAACCCUGACAAUCUUUUGAUUUUACUGAUUUUACUUCACUGUAUAUGUACAAGGCUUACAUGUAUAUGUUUAGAAAUAAUGCAGCAAGUCAAUGUACUCUCCGGGUACAAAGAGUGAUGGUUAGUUCCCAUAACAUGCCUGUCCUCAAACCUAAAUGACAGAAUAGGUUGUUUGUAUAGGACAUCUAAAAAGACCCAGAAGAACGUUUAAACCCCCUAUCGACUGUUCGUAGAAACAGCAAUAAUGUAUAGUAUGUAUACUGUACCAUAUGUCAAGGUUCUUUCUUGCCAAACAAAAUGGAUGACAUUGUUUUUUUUGACAGUGGGAAAUACAACAUUUUAAGUUCUUUCAGCAAUCAAAUGCGUUUUGAUAACAUUUCUAGUGAUAAAUGCAUGUUUUAUUUCGUAAUCUUGAGUCAGUGAAUGUAUA